GGCCCCGACGCGUUGGGACAGGGGUGUAGGGCUGGGGAUUCUGGAGGAGAGCUUAUCCAAGGAACAGGAUGCCGACGAGACCACCAAAAUCUCCACUUAGGGAAGUGGGAAUCUUUGACUGUGGAACAUUGGGCAGGAGCUUUGCGAUUGGCUGGUCAAGAAGGAGGAGGCAGAAUGUCUGCAUUGUUACACCAUAGAAUUCAAAAUUGAGAAGACUUUGUGUUAAACAGUAUCAUUUACUCUGCAAAUGAUCAUGCCUUUACCUGUCCUCUCUGAUGAUCACAAACUAACGAAACAUACUUUAAGUCUUAUAAAUUCAGGUUACACUGUUUUUCAGAUGCCCUGGCAGCUAGUACAGGGCCUGUGAAAAAUGGAACCAAACUCUCUGAGGACUAAAGUCCCAGCUUUUUUGUCUGACUUGGGGAAGGCCACAUUGAGGGGAAUCAGAAAGUGUCCCCGCUGCGGCACAUACAAUGGAACCCGGGGCCUGAGCUGUAAGAACAAGACAUGUGGAACCAUAUUUCGCUAUGGUGCACGGAAGCAGCCUAGUGUUGAAGCUGUCAAAAUCAUCACAGGCUCUGAUCUGCAGGUCUACUCUGUACGGCAAAGAGACCGGGGUCCUGAUUACCGAUGCUUUGUGGAGCUUGGUGUUUCAGAGACGACAAUCCAGACAGUAGAUGGAACUAUCAUCACUCAGCUGAGCUCUGGACGGUGUUACGUCCCAUCCUGCCUGAAAGCUGCUACCCAAGGCGUUGUGGAAAACCAAUGCCAACACAUCAAACUGGCAGUGAAUUGCCAGGCAGAAGCUACCCCUCUGACCCUGAAGAGUUCAGUCUUGAAUGCCAUGCAGGCCUCCCCAGAAACCAAACAGACCAUUUGGCAGUUGGCCACAGAACCCACGGGUCCCCUGGUACAGAGGAUUACUAAAAACAUCUUGGUGGUGAAAUGCAAGGCAAGCCAGAAGCAUAGUUUGGGAUAUUUGCAUACAUCUUUUGUGCAGAAAAUCAGUGCCAAAAGCUUGCCUGAGCGCCGCUUCUUCUGCUCCUGUCAGACUCUGAAAUCGCACAAGUCAAGCUCUUCUAAGGAAGAGGCAGCCCAGAGAUGCAUUCAUUUCUUUGCUUGCAUCUGUGCCUUUGCUAGUGAUGAGACAUUGGCUCAGGAAUUCUCAGACUUCCUAAAUUUUGAUUCCAGCGGUUGCCAUUCAGAAUCAUCUGUAUCAGCUUGUGAGUCUACUGCCUCCAAGCCAAAGAAGAGGAAAAAGGAUGAAGUAUCUGGUGCACAGAUGAACAAUUCACUAAUGCCUCCAGAUGCAGUGAGCAGUAAUCUAAGGAAGAGUGGCCUGAAAAAACCCGUGGUUGCUUCUUCAUUAAAAAGGCAGGCAUGUGGCCAGCUGUUAGAUGAGGCACAAGUGACCCUAUCCUUCCAAGACUGGCUGGCCAGUGUGACAGAACGUAUUCAUCAAACCAUGCACUAUCAGUUUGAUGGCAAACCAGAGCCACUGGUGUUCCACAUUCCUCAGUCCUUUUUUGAUGCGCUGCAACAGAGAAUAUCAAUAGGAAGUGCAAAAAAACGUCUCCCCAACUCCACCACAGCUUUUGUUCGAAAAGAUGCCUUGCCGCUGGGAACCUUUUCCAAGUACACCUGGCAUAUCACUAAUAUUCUACAAGUUAAGCAAAUCUUAGAUACCCCAGAGAUGCCCUUGGAAAUCACCCGUAGCUUUAUCCAGAACCGAGAUGGGACUUAUGAGCUGUUUAAAUGCCCCAAAGUGGAAGUGGAGUGCAUAGCAGAAACUUACGGUCGCAUAGAAAAGCAACCAGUGCUUCGACCCUUGGAACUAAAAACUUUCCUCAAAGUUGGAAACACUUCCCCAGACCAAAAAGAGCCCACACCUUUCAUCAUCGAGUGGAUCCCAGACAUCCUUCCCCAAUCCAAGAUUGGCGAGCUGCGGAUCAAGUUUGAGUAUGGUCACCACCGGAAUGGGCAUGUGGCAGACUACCAAGACCAACGGGCCCCUCUGGACCAGCCCUUGGAACUGGCCCCUUUGACCACUCUCACUUUCCCUUGAGGCAAAACAAGAGUUUUUUUGCUGCUAAAUUUGCACAUCCUCACCUUGACCACUUUAAAUACUAGUUUGGCACUUAGAUGGCCCCAUUCUUUAGUGAAACUGCUCUUAGCUAAUCGGGUUCUGCUGAAGAAAAACUCAUAAAUAGCCUUUUGGGUGCUGCUUUGUAUUAUCUUCAUUAUAAGUUGGACAGUUUAAAACUGGCUACAGUUUUAAAAGGAACAAAAAGAAAACCAACUCACUUUCCUUCUUAUAGAUUCACCCUUAGACUUUAUUUCAACCUUUUUCUAGUUCUCUAAGAAGUUAGCAGCACUCAGCCUUAUGCCAACAGUGUUAGAAAAUUAAUACCCCAGUUAGGGCAGAAGGUAAAGGACCAUCUUGGCAGAGUUCCAGCCAUGCUUUUUAUUCUGUUCUCAAAUAAAGCAAAGUGUCACUAGUUUUUCCAAAUUAUACCUCAUGCUGGCCUAAUUAUUCCACUGUAAACUUUAGGAGAGAUUGACCUGAUAGUGAAAUAUAGGGAAAAAAGGUCUGGGCAGCAAGAGAUUAUUGAUAUUUCUAACUAAUGCUUAUAAUUGCUUAGUCACUUGACAUUUAUUUCCUUUUUUUAUUCUUCAAAAAGUUUUAAGUUGGUAAAAUUCUGUUUAUGGAUUCACUGAUCACAGAAUGGAGAUACUAAAAAAGAAAUGGAAAGGUGUCUUCAAGGAGGAAAGAAGGGAACAUAUAUUUUCUAUGUGCUUACCAUAUACCAGGCACUUUGUUUUACAUUCUCAUAUCAUCAUUUUUCUCAUUGAAUCCUUUUUUUUUUUUAAGUAAGCAGCCUCUUUGAGGUUAUAUAUCUUGUUGGAAACACAUUAAAAGGAAUGUUUAGGGGGCCUAGAGUUUAGGCUCAGUGGUAGAGCGCUUGCCUAGCAUGUGUGAGGC